AUGUCCGCAAAGACGAUCCCUGGAGUCCAACAGUUCCGUGUUCCGGAGUUGCACAAGAGCAAAGCCAGGGCAUGUGUGACCUGCCGUGAGAGGAAGCGCAGAUGCACUUUGGAAUUGCCCGUCUGUAGCUACUGUCACAUGCGAAAAAGGCCAUGUGUCUAUCCGUCGCAAACGUCUCCCGGCCCUGACAAGUCAGCUGAAACGCUGUCCGAAAAGCCACUUGAAAAGCCGGCUGAAACCCAAGCUGGCACCACCACAGCAAACAAAGUUCCCCGCGCGCUCUGGCCGGGUUCCAGUGCCGGCAGCGAACUCAAGCCGGAAAUGAGAGCCGGCCCCGUUUUUACGAGCAUUUUGAGCCCGUCGCUGUGUCUGGCGACCGGCGAAGUGUCGCCGGAUUUUCGGCUUCUGCGCUCGUAUCUCCCCGAAAAGCGCGACGCAGACACGCUGAUCGACCGGUACCAGAGCUCAAUCCACCCAGUGGUGCCGAUUUUCGACCUGCGCUCGUUUCUUCCGCACUACGAGCUGUUUUGGGACAACGAUAAAAACGCGUCGCUCGAGUUUUAUAUCGUGCUGCUCACAAUUCUGUACGCUGCGUCGGUCGCCGAGUUUGAGGAGAUGUCAAUCGAUAACCAAUUUGGGCCCCAUAGCGAUGCGCUUGUCGCCAAAAUGAAGUAUUACGUGGGUGCGACCGAAAUUGCGCUCGCGAUGCACGGCUUCCCCACCAAAGUCGCUCUCGUAGACCUCCAGGCGUCGUUUAUUCUUCACUACGUGCUGCGGUCCGACUGCCGCACGGACGAUUGCGGCUCUGUCGGGUAUCUCGUGCGGCUGGCGCAGCUGCUCGAGCUGCAGCGCGACCCCUGGAGCUACCACCGCAUUGCGGACGCCAGAGACGUGCAACAACGCCGCAUUCUGUGGUGGCAGAUCUACUACCUCGACUGCACGACAGCGCUCUCGACGCGGAUGCCACCCAUCAUCGUCGAGGGCGAGCACGACACGCUAUUCCCGGCAGAGUACACCAAGUCCGGCACAGGCGACUUCGUGCUCGACGCGCACGUGACCUUCGCGAACCGCCGGUUCGGCUGGGCCGUGGUGUGCAGCCGCAUUUUGCGGCUCGCGUUCCGGCUACAGACACCGUCUGACGAAGACUGGUUUGCGCUGCGCAGGGACAUAGAUAACCUGGCACUGCAGUGCUCUGCCGCGACACAGCGCCUGCUAGACAACGCGCGCACAAUCCACGCCGACUGGCUCGCGUUCAGCACCGCUGUCAUCUCGUCGCUUGCUGACCGGUGUCACGUGCUCGUCGAUCUCUCGCUGCAGAAACAUCCGGACCACGAGGGCACGUUUGGCAACCCGGAGACCUCGUCUGUGUCUGACGUGCAGCUGCGCACGGUGAGUCCCGAGUUCGAGGAGAGCCAGAUCCAUUUGCUGCAGCAGUAUCUGUCGUACGGCUCGAUGCCGAAAAAUAAGCGUUAUCUCUGGGAGAUCCGCAAGUUCCAGCCGAUCCAGACGAUUUUGGCGCUGUUGCGCAGCCUGAUCGCCGACAUCGCGUGUCUGGACCGCGGAGUGCAUUCGUCGGAGGCCAUCCAUGCGCUCGAGGCGAGCGUCAAGGUGCGCGUUUUGGCGGACGCGGUGCAAAAUCUCGGGUAUUUGGCCGACCACACGACACCGCUGUGUAAACAGCGAUGGUCUCUUGUGAAGGAGCUCAAACACGCAACCUGGCAGCAGGUGUUUGGCCGGCCUCAAAGUCCGCAGGAUCCGGGCCAUUCUGCCGCCUCCACGCAAAGCGACGAGUCGCUGCUCUCCGACGAGGCCUGGGCGCAGAUUCUCAGCGAGCUCGGCAAGGUGCACCAGAAGAUCGACGAAAAUAUCAGCGUCAAGAUCUGGGACAAUGACGCCGGCCACUACACGUUGUAA